AUGUCUCUGAUGAUGGGCUCGAGUGAGAACCCGAAACGUCAGGCCAAUAAACUUCUUGUCCCAGUGAUCGCAUCUUCAUCUUCUGAACUGCUACCUGGGACUCGCCUGUUCGCUUCUAUCAGCAAUCUUUUUGGGCGCGAAGCGCUCCGAUCGGCUCGACGGUGGGAAACCUUUGCCCUUCGAGAGUCGUCAACAUAUGCGCAGAUUCGAUUUCUGCACAGGUGUCUCGACAACAAUGUGCUGCCGAAGUGCGUUUCAUACAAACCUCCGGUCAACACAGAGCUGGCGAGACGCGCAGUACUUCAGCACGGCCGACGAAUGAUCCGAGUGCUCCUUCAAGACUGUCACUCACGGAUUCGCAAAUACCGUCAGAGGAUUGACCAAGGGAAGGCAAGGUGCUGCGAGUUCAUGGGCGAGGACGGCAUAAAACUGCUUCAGCAGAGGCUGGCCGAACGAACCCGCGAACAUAAAGCAACGCGAGAAGCAGCCCUAGAGAGCAAAUUUCGUAAGCUGCCUGCUCCAAUGUCAUCCAAGAACGACAAAUUGGUGCACAACUUGUCGUCAAAGGAGCUGACGGAGGAAAAAAUGCAGGUUUUACGGCAUGAGGCCUCAUUCAACACAGCCGAUGCCAAACCUGCCAACAUGAUCGCAGCAGUGGAAUCAAUCCUCAGCCAGACGGGAGCGACAGACGAAACGAAGAACCUCAUUCGACACCAAGUGUCCUCCCUCCUCAUGGCUCAUAGGCCGCGCGAUGUGCUUUCCAAGGUCGAGCGUGAUGCACUUAAAGAACUCAGGGCCGACAACGACCUCGUUAUCGUGCCUGCGGACAAGGGGCGUUCAACGGUCGUAUUGGACAGGACAGACUACAAUCAAAAAGCCAAAAGCUUGUUGGAUGAUCGUCAGUCCUAUGUGCCAUGCGAAUCCAACCCCAUGAAAACGCUGACACGCGAGAUUAACGCGACGCUGUUGGCAAUGGAGAACUCAGGUGCAAUAUCGCCAAUCGACCGACGCAUGGCGAGAGCACAAGAAACGGCCCUAGCCCGAUUCUACGGUCUCCCAAAAGUGCACAAAGAGGGCGCUCNGCCACGUGCUAUAAAUACUGCAUUCCUGGUGCCACCUUUACCUCUAUCUGCGAAUGUCUCUGAUGAUGGGCUCGAGUGA